AUGUCGCUGGAGCUGAAAUCUAAGCUGAUUGAUGUCAUAAUAUCCGGUGUUUUCAGUAAUGGUAACCUGCCUCAGGUACAGGUCAGUCCACAGCGGAUAGAGGUACCAGAGGGUGACACUGUUCGACUGUACUGUCGAGCUGGAGGGCAGCCAUCUCCAGUGAUCUCGUGGAAGAAGUAUGGAGGAGAGCUCCCGCCACAGGCCAAAGUUGAACGGUUAGAUAUUGGGACUCUUAUUAUCCCUUCCAUCACUGUGGCCCAAGCUGGUGUCUACCUGUGUGUGGGAACAAAUGCUGCUGGCUCCUCAGAGGGUCGCAUUGAAGUCUCAGUGUUAACCUCAGAAGGAUCAGUACCAGUAAUCCGAAUUCAUCCCUCCCCUGGCUCAGUAACAGAGGGAGACAUGCUGGAGUUGUAUUGCCAUGUGACAGGAGAUCCUCAACCCAAGAUCACAUGGCGCAAGAGAAGUGGUUACCUAACAGACAAUCACCAGGUGCAAGGUCCAACGUUACGCAUUCGACAGGCCACACAUGCUGAUGCUGGGGAUUAUAUCUGUCACGCUGAAAACAGCCUUGGAAUGCAAGAAGUUUCAGUCUCUGUGGCAGUCAGCUCCAGUGCUUUCCCCCAGGGGACUGCCCCAAUAGUGCGGAUUCAGCCUUCACCUACCUCAGUAGGUGAGGGAGAGAUGCUAGAGUUACACUGCCAGGCCACAGGAUACCCAAAACCCAGGAUCACAUGGUACAGGGUCGCUGGCAGUCUCUCAGCCAAUCACGAGAUACAGGGCCCUGUGUUGCGCAUCCGUCACAUGACUCCUGCUGACAUCGGGGAUUACAUCUGCCGUGCAGAAAAUAAAUAUGGAGCACGAGAGGUCAAGUUCUCCGUAUCGGUCACUUCCACUUCAUCCCAUCAAGGAACAGCCCCCACAGUGUUGGUUCACCCCUCCCCCAGCUCAGUAAGGGAGGGGGAUAUGCUGGAGUUACAUUGCCAGGUCACAGGUCAACCAGAGCCCAGGAUCACAUGGCACAGGUCGGCUGGCUCUUUAACAUCCAAUCACCAGGUACAGGGCCGUGUGCUACGUAUCCUCCGUAUGAGGCCAGCUGAUGUUGGCGAUUAUAUUUGCCGCGCGGAAAACAUCUACGGAACACAGGAGGUCAAAUUCUCCGUUUUGGUGCUUCCUUCCACCUCGCAAGGAACAGCCCCAACAGUGAUGGUUCAUCCCUCUCCCAGCUCAGUAAGGGAGGGGGAUAUGCUGGAGUUACAUUGCCAGGUCACAGGUCAACCGGAGCCCAGGAUCACAUGGCACAGGUCGGCUGGCUCUCUAACAUCCAACCACCAGGUACAGGGCCGUGUGCUACGUAUCCUCCGUAUGAGGCCAGCUGAUGUUGGUGAUUACAUCUGCCGCGCGGAAAACAUCUACGGAACACAGGAGGUCAAAUUCUCCGUUUUGGUGCUUCCUUCCACCUCAAGAAAUGCCCCCACCGUGUUGGUUCAGCCAACCCCCACCACAGUGAGGGAAGGAGAAAUGCUGCAGUUGCACUGUCAGGUUGCAGGUCAACCACAGCCCAGGGUCACAUGGUACAGGGCAGCCGGCUCUCUAACAACCAAUCACCAGGUACAGGGCCAUGUGCUACGCAUCCUUCGUGUGAGUCCUGCUGACACUGGGGAUUACAUCUGCCGCGCUGAAAACGUCUAUGGAAUGCGAGAGGUCAAAUUCUCUGUCUCAAUCACUCCUUCCACCUCACAAGGCACUGCCCCGACAGUGAGGAUUAACCCCUCUUCCACCUCUGUCAGCGAGGGAGAAAUGUUGGAGUUACACUGCCAGGUCACAGGUCAGCCUGAACCCAGGGUCACAUGGCACAGGGCAACGGGGUCACUGACAGCCAAUCACCAGGUGCAUGGCCGUGUCCUACGUAUCCUUCAUGUGAGUCCCGCUGAUACCGGCGAUUACAUCUGCCGCGCGGAAAACAUUGCGGGAACACGGGAGUUCAAAUUCUCCGUCUCAUUAUCUUCAACUGCAUUCACACAUGAAGGCGCACCAAUCGUGCGAGUUCAACCCCGCCCUAUCUCCGUAAUGGAGGGACAAAUGGUGGAGUUACACUGCCAAGUCACAGCUCAGCCUGAGCCCAUGAUCACAUGGUACAAGGCAGAUGGUUAUCUAACAGACAAUCACCAGGUAGAGGGCCCUGUGCUAAGAAUCUUGCAGGUGACUCGUGCUGAUGAUGGCGAUUAUAUCUGCCGCGCAGAAAACAUCUUCGGAAUGCAACAACUUAAAUUCUCCGUCUUGGUUACCUCCACAACAUCCAGGGAACUGUUGCCAAUUAUAAAUACGGGGCCACAAGACGUUACUGUCAUUGAAGGUGGUGAUGCCUCCUUCAGCUGUCAAGUUGUUGAUGGAGCUCAACCAUUCAGCAUCAAGUGGAAAACACCUAAUGAACCAUUACAAGCUAAUGUGAAGAUCAGUAAUGAUGGCUCUGUGAUUAAAAUCACUCGAGCUCGUCAGCGUGAUCAAGGCCAGUACAAAUGUGUAGCUCAAAAUCGGUUUGGAUCAGCAUUCAGCAUAAUGACUCUGGUUGUACAAGGACCUCCAACGGUCUCCAUCUCCCCCAGGGGCCCAGUCAGGCUGGGUGUGGGUGAUUCCGUUACUCUGGAAUGUAUAGGCAUGGGCGAACCUCGGCCUACAAUCAGAUGGCGUCGGGUCAACGGCAGGCAAAGGAAUAACCUGCCGAGGGAAGGCAAUCCCAUCCUAACGAUUUCUUCAGCUCGUUUGCAGGAUUCUGGGACCUACUCCUGCAUGUCCUCGAAUAUGUUUGGCAGUGUUGAUGCUCAGGUAGAGGUGAUAGUCGAGCGAUCAGCCUCCACACCUCAGGUUCCUCAGGUCACUGCGGAAGAGCCAUCGUUAACUGUUACAGCAGGACAGAUAGCUACCCUGCGCUGCUCAGCUACCGGUUACCCCACUCCGAUUAUUCAGUGGUCUAAGUUGCGAGCCCCGUUGCCAUGGCAGCACAGGAUUGCCAAUGGAUCUUUGGUUAUUCCUAAUGUGGGACUGCAGGAUUCUGGACAGUACAUCUGCAAUGCUUCCAAUUCCGCUGGAUUCAAUGAGUUAUUCAUCACUUUGGAUGUAGAAACUGCACCGUAUGCCACCUUUAAUCAAGAGGUUGUUACUGUAAGGGUUGGUGAGAUCAUCCGACUACACUGUCUAUCCCAAGGAACUCCUCCAAUAACGUAUGAAUGGUCCAAGGUGAAUGGAAGUUUGCCGAGCAGGGCAGUCAAACGCAACGGGUUCCUGCAAAUCAAUCUCGCCGUUGUAUCGGACUCAGGAAAGUACCGCUGCCUGGUGAAGAACAAAGUUGGUCAAAGUGAUGCAAUUUCAACAGUGACUGUGAAAUCUCCACCAGCAGUGAGAGUAUCACCGCAAAUUGAGGUACGCAAUAUUGGUGGCACCGUGGAAUUCACCUGCGCAGCCACUGGUCACCCAGAACCCAGGACUGAGUGGUUCAAGGAGGAAGGACAAUUUCUCUUGAAUCAUAGAAUCAAUAAAGGAGUCUUGAGAAUAGAAAAUAUACAAGAAGGAAAUGAAGGGGUUUAUAUCUGCAAAGCGUCAAACCCUUUUGGGCAGGUGCAGGACAGUGCCAAACUUGUCAUCCAAGCCUUACCAAUUGUCAUGAUCAACGUGAGGGCAUCCAUGCAGAUGGUAAUGGUGGGUGGGUCAGUGGAAUUCGAGUGCCAGGCUAUCGGGGAUCCCCAGCCUUCUAUUCGAUGGAGUAAAGUGAAUGGAAGGCUGUCUCCUGAAGUUAUCCUCAAGAAUGGAAUGCUGAAAAUUGACCAUGUGAAAGAGUCUGAUGCAGGGCGUUACCGAUGCACUGCUACCAACGAUGCAGGGUCCGUCAAGUCUGAGGUGGUGCUAUACGUGCAGACGGUGCCCAUGAUUGCUCCUCAGCCAGAGCUCAAAGAAGUAACGAUUGGAUCCAAGGCUGUGUUUCCGUGUCUGGCCUCUGGAUAUCCAGAGCCAGAGAUCACCUGGAAUAAGCUGGAGGGAGAUCUCCCACCCGGAGCCUACGUCGAGAACAAUGUGCUGACCAUACCAUCAGCUACCACCGAACACACUGGAACAUACGUUUGCACAGCCACAAACGAACAGGGGACAGAGACAGCGUACGCCAUGCUGAAAGUCAGAGAACGCAAGAUCCCAUAUUUCACACAGGACCCUAUCUCCUACAUUGCGUUGCCCACGAUAAAGGAUGCCUACCAUGAAUUUGAAAUCAGCAUAACAUUCCGCCCAGAUGCAGCUGAUGGUAUGAUUAUUUACAAUGGCCAGAAACAGACAACAGGAGCAGAUUUCAUCUCAUUCUCACUAGUCGGAGGCCGCCCUGAAUUCAGGUUCGAUGUAGGUUCUGGCAUGGCAACAAUCCGUCACCCUAACCCCAUUUCUCUGGGAGAGUACCACAAUGUAGUGUUAUAUCGGAACUUGACUCAUGGCUCUCUGUUUGUAGACAACGAUCCUCCUGUCAAUGGGAGUUCUCAGGGAAAUUUCCGAGGCCUGGAUUUGAAUGAAGAGCUGUAUGUUGGUGGUUACCCCCAUUUUGGAAACAUUUCAAAAGUCACUGGAAGUAACAGCGGGUUUAUGGGCUGCAUUCGCAAGCUCAUAAUUCAAGGUGAUGAGGUGAUCUUCUCCGCUCCAGAUCUGAAAGCUAGAGGAAUAUCUGACUGCCCUACUUGCAAAGACAAUCCUUGCAAGAAUGGAGGUCAAUGUAUUGACUCUGAGACUGGCAGCUAUGCAUGUCACUGUAGGAAGGGAUAUACCGGGAGUAACUGCGAACAUUCAUUAGCUCUGCACUGUCACCCAGAGGCCUGUGGGUCGGACGCGACCUGUGUGAACAGACCAGACGGCCUUGGGUAUAACUGUCGAUGCCACCUCGGCAAACAGGGGCCAAAAUGUAUGGAUGGUGUCUUAAUUACAUCUCCUUCCUUCAGAGGAGGGCACUCUUUUGUGGCAUAUCCACCUCUGACCAACAUUCACAAUGAGCUGACCAUCGAGCUGGAGUUUAAGCCUUACUCACCCACUGGCCUGAUGUUCUACAGCAGUGGUCAAAGGAUGAAAAUGAAUGACUUCAUCUCGGUUGCCAUGUUGAAUGGGCAUUUGGAGUUCCGAUACGACCUGGGCUCAGGACUUGCUGUUCUGCAGAGUGCAAAACCAGUGGCUCUCAACAAAUGGCACAGACUGAAAGCACAUCGACACAACAAGGAUGGUUUGCUGAAAAUAGAUGAUGAGAAAGAGAUCAGAAGAGUCUCUCCAGGCAAAAGCCAAGGUUUAAACCUUCGCAGCCCUAUGUACCUUGGAGGUGUUCCCAGUUCAGAGGUCCUUCCCAAAGCAGUAAAUGUCACAGAAGGGAUUGAAGGCUGCAUCACCAAGGUGUCCAUUAAUGGGAAGAAGGUGGAUCUCUCCUACACCUUUACAGACAGCCUGGAUGUCGAUCAGUGUUACGACAGCUCACCAUGUGACCGUGCUCUGUGCCUGCACGGUGGAAGGUGUAUAGUAACUGGAGAGUAUGAAUACCAAUGCAUCUGUACUAAUGAGUAUCAGGGUGAGAACUGUGAAAUCUCUUGGGACAUCUGUUUGCAGGGAAACCCUUGCAUGAAUGGUGGGACUUGUGAGAAGAACCAGUGUUGGUGUCCGAUGGGAUAUACUGGAUCAUACUGUGAGCUAGGUAUGUCUGCUGUUACCCCAGCACCAGAAUGGCACAUGGAGGGUAGUGCGGACUCUCCUGUGCAAUAUGGAGCUUUCUUCCAUGAUGGAGGAUACAUUGUGUUGCCAAAACAGAUGUUCCCAAGGAGUUCUCCAACUGCCCCUGAAACCAUUGAAAUGGAGGUUCGUACAACAUCACUUGAUGGGAUCCUGCUAUGGCAGGGAGUGAAACACGGGGAAAAUGGAAAAGGGAAGGACUUUGUUGCUCUUGGUCUCCAAAACGGUCAUGUGCUCUUCAGUUAUCAACUAGGAAGUGGUGAAGCCAAUAUCCUGUCAGAAGAUCCGAUCAAUGAUGGAGAAUGGCAUAGAAUAAUUGCUGUGCGGGAAGGAAAAUCAGGAUAUAUCCAACUAGAUAGUGAGGAGAUUGUGAGGGGAGAGUCCAAAGGAGACAAGGUCAUGGUAAACACGAGAGGAAGUGUCUACUUGGGUGGUGCUCCAGAUGUUAAACUCUUUACAGGGGGAAAAUUCACCUCAGGAAUUACCGGCUGCAUCAGGAAGGUGGUCCUUGUAAAUAAAAGACCCGACCAACAUCAGGUUCAACCAGUCGACCUACGUGUUCAUGCUGAGGGAGGGGUCAAUGCUCGAGAGUGUCCAUCAUAGGCAUUCAGACUCACUAAAAGCAAAGUAGAGACUUCUGGGAAAAGGUGCUUUGCUGCUAUUAAAUUGGAUUGUUUUGUGUUCUUUAAUGCAGUCCUCUUUAACCAAAAAAAAAAUCAUCACAAUGUCAGCCAACUGUAUUCCGUUGAAUGAAGGGUUUUAGCAACUCAGCUUGAUUUAUUUUGUAUCUACAAGAGCCAUACAAGAACACCAGCAUUUUCCUGAGGCAGAAGAUCCUAUGGACUUAGAUUUUUCUAGCACUGAAGUUUGGGAUGAUAGUGAACAGGAACAGCUGGUAACCAGUCUUCAACCUUUGCCUCUGAAUUCUAGCACGGUGUUUUAAGGCACUUGAACCUGGCUGGUAUCUACUUGAAAUGAACUAGGCCAGUUCAGUCAUCACUCGUUUUAUUAAAACAAAGGUUCACAAGCUGCAUACCUAAAGUACUGAAAUAUCAGAGGAUUGGCGACUGUAGAAGUUAUAUAAUUGUAAAAAAUAUACAGAGAUCUGAAUUGGUACCAGUGUAGAAAAAUGUCUAGGGUUUAUAACAAUUUUACUUCUGUCUAUUGGAGUAGCAGGCAUUUUCUGUGCACAUACACUGUUAGCUUUCCAAUUAUUCAGCAUGUGCUGAAGUCCAGAGAGAUGAUUAAACCUAUUUCAGAAUAUAUGCCCUAUGCAUUGGCAUAAAAUGCCACAUCUUCAAAUACAACAAAUGUGCAGGCGAGGUUACACACUCCCAAAGGGGCCAUUGAGUUUGUAAGAUGCAUCAUUAAGGUUUGACCUCCUUGGGUUAGGUGGCCAGAAAUCAGUAAUGUCAAAGCACAUGUAGGGAGAAAGUUGUUCCAAAGCUCACUUUGUUAGGAAUGUAAUGAUUAUAGUGCUGGACUAGCAAUCCUAGGGAUUGGGAGUUCAAAACUCAACAGGGAAAACUGAAUUUGGGCUGAUGAAAACUAAAACUAUCCAUACCUGUCACCAGUCCCACAUCAUUCAUUCUUAAUUCUGUCAGUGUAACAAGAGAUGUACAAUAAAAGCCAACCUUAUUUGGAAUACUCACAGCCCUGAGAAUGAAAUUUUGAUAAAUACAAAACUUAAUCCUACUUUGCUUCAUGUGCCUUUUACAAAAAUGCUUCUAUUCAAGAUAGUUGUGUCUUGAAGUCAAGGAGUUCAGCAAAUGCCAGAUGUUUAAAUCAAUGGACCAUUAGAGGGGCAUGGUCUUCAGGAGAAAUAUUUCAAUACCUCUUCAGUGUUUCUAAAUCCUUGGUUUGCUACAAUAUCGUUCAUUAACAAAUGAGUUAGACAUUAUGAAAGGUUGGACAUGAGGCUGUUCUGACCAUGUAUCUCCCAGAUAUGUAAAGGUCACUGAUAUUUUGGUGAAGACAAUGCCCUUUUAACUUACAAACAAGACCUUGGUCAAUGUCUGAACUAUUUUUGUUUGUUGGCUCCUUUUAUACAGCAGGUUAAACACUUUACAGAAAUGAAUCUGGUGAAUCUCUUUGUUUCUGUAUCGUGUUGGCCCACUGGUGUGAAUCCACCUGAAGAUGCUGAAAUUGUCUUAAGUUCCCAAUGUGCCGUCCCUAUCAGUUGCUGAAAGGAUUUGAGUGUUUUUUAAACAGAGUAAAGGUCAAGGAAGUUGAUUUCAAUUUGGGAAUCAACAUUUGCGUCCCAUCUUCUGACUAAAGUCCUCCCCUCAAACUGUUGAUAAUGCAGCAACUGGCAUGGUGCAUUACUGAAAUACCAAGGGAGCACGUAAACAUUACAAAAAGAAGUGAGCACAAGGAUUAGACAAAGAGUUGCAAAUACAUCGACCUCUGGUACCAACGACAUAUCCUCACUCCAUUCGUGGGGCUUUAAAUUCAGGUUCCACCAAUCAUACUUAAUGCUUAAUGAAGGAUUGACAUUUCACUUUGAGAUUGAAACAUUCUUUGCAGUCCCAGACCUUUGUGUAUUAUUCAGAAUUGAUGUAUUCAUUGAGAGAGCCAUCUUGUGAACCUUUUAUGAAAAAAUGUUUGCUGGACGGAUAUCCAACAAAAAUUCUUAAACAGAAGACAAACCAGAGCACCCUUGCAUAGUUGAUGUUGAUUAGAACUACUGACAACUCUGAGUGUAGCCAGGGCAAUCACUUGUGAGUCAAUGUUAGUGCUCUUAAUAUUUAACUAUGCAUUUUGAUGGUAAGCACAUCCUUGAAUGUUAUUGUAAUAUUUGAUCAUUUUCCAUGCUUCUUUUUUAUCCAAAGACCUUUUCUUCUGUAAACUGCAGUAUUAACAAAACCUGAUUCCUCAAUUAAUGAGUGAGCAUUUUCGCUCCCUACCAAGGGUAUGUUCUGAUUAAAUUGAGCAGGUUUGAGACAUGCCAUAGAUUUAUCGUAUGUAUCUAUAAAGCCAUAAGAAAAACACAAUUUUACUCUUACUUUGUUCAAUGGAAUAACUUAUAAUGGCUUCAUUUUUCUACUCACCAUUCUUUAGGAAUUAAUGGUCAUGGCUACACAUUAGAAUGUUAUUGUAAUUCAUUCAUAUUCUUGUUUAAGAAACCAUAUGAGGAAUACCACCGGUCUCUACACCAUCUUCAAUUCGGCACUAGUGCUGUGGACUACAAGAAUAAUUAGGAAACUAAGUUCCCCUUUGCCAUUUCUUUGAAAUGCAUCCUGGUGGUGAUCAAAUUCAGUUUUCAUUCUGCAAGCUGUCUAGGAACAAGUUCUUUAUUUCUCAAGUCAAGGUAGUGGGGUGAACAGGACUGGAGAAGGAUGGGGCCAGAAGGAAAAUAAUCAAUAGAUACCUGGAUUAAAGUCCUGCUUCAUGAAGUGAAUACAAGUUUCCCUUUGGCAUUUACAGGUCUGCACAUUGUACUGGCUGGUUCCAGAGUGAAAGCAGCAACUUAAUACGCAACUGCUAAUUAUUGUAAUUUCCUAAUGUUACCCCUGUAGGAAGAGGCCAGUGCCUCCACUAGUCCCCACACAUUGUCUCAUGGGUGUUUAGAAUGUGCCCUCUCAGCACUUUUAUGCAUUUUGUGUUAACUGUGUUUUACUAAUUUGACUUCCUGAUGCCAGUGUGGUCAAAAAAACCCAGAAUGAAGCAGGCAGAGAAACAGUACAGACUGUGGUGAGCGUCCUAAUGAUGUAUUCCUGUUGGUGUUACAAAGUUAUCCACGUGUUGAGAUAUAUUAACACUUCUCACUCAAUUCCUGUGCCAUUUCCAGACCGGAUCCCUAUUGUGGGCGAUACAAUGGCUUUGUACUUUGCAGUUCAUUUCUGUUUAAGUUGCAAAUGGGAUUUUUGCAACUGAUGAAACGAGCAGUAAGUAUUGAAAGCUGUGCUACAAUGAAAAGAAAAUGUGGAUUCAGCAGUUAGAGCCAAGACUCCAAAAUAGAUUGUCCCAGUCCAUCAACAAAAACAUUCACUUAUAUAACUAUUCAGAUCUAACUAUCCUACUAGCUGGGACAUGCAUUUUCCGUGUGCUGUAUUAACCCACUAAAGAUAUCUGAAGGAUAAAUAGUGUUUUUAUGUUUAAGGAAGUUUUUUUUCUGUUAUUAACUUUUUGACACUGAGUGAAGGCCUUGCAAUGUAGAUUGUUAUGUUAAAAAUAAAGCAGCAGUCCAUUUGGAGGUUAUUCAGUGACUUGUAAGGAUAUGACUGAACUAUUUUUGAGAAAAGUAAUUGGAAGCUGAUUUUUUUAAAAAAUAUAUAUAUAUACUUUUAAUUUUGGUGGAAAAAACCCCCAUACUGUGAUUUCUUUUCGAAAUUUUAGUCUGUCUUAAUGAUUGUAUAACAUCAGAGAUAUUGGAAGCCCACUAUUGUCCAAUUGCCAAAAUGGUUCAUCUCUCAUGGGUCACCACGAAUAAGGACUAAUUGCACAAUGCAGCUGAUGGCACUGAUUCAGAAACUUGGAUUUGAAUCUCUUUAAUUUUUUUAAGUUCUCACUCCCUGGCCACACAAGUUCUGAAUCCGGUCUGGGGGUUGGGGGGGUCAUUCUUCUUGUAAACAUCUGUUUCCAGAGAGCACAAGGCCUGAUUUGACGUUCAAUGUUCUGUCUCUGCUGGAUGGAAAGUGAAAGUUGCCGUUGUCUGAGAGGACCACUCCCUCAUUACAGAGAGAGAGGAUUGCUGGUGGUCUUAACCUGAUGGUUCCACCAUGACCGGAUCAAACUGUCUAAAUAGAGUGAGCUUACAGAAUCAGAAAUUGUCACCAUCUGCCAAACUUACUGCCAACAUGUGGUCCCCCAGUUAUUUACACAUACCCUUCUCUAUUGGGAGUGCCUCAGGAAUGCGCAUGAUGCUAAAGUGGGGUAGCUCAGAAAUUAGCAUUCACCGAAAAAAUGGCUUCAUCUAUUAACACAGCGAAUCCCAAGUUUACCUAAUGAUCAAUUUGGACAGGGAAACAAUAACAUCACAUUCUUUUAGAAUGGGCUUUCAUGAGAAUAAUAGUUUUUUAAAACUUGAUAUUGGUGCCUCAUGAUUUGCCUCUUAGAUUUGCUUCUACCCAGGUCAAUUUUUAGUGUUGCAAGAAAAAGACACAUAUUGUUGAAGCUUCUCAUCUUGCUAAAUCAGGACAAUUCACAAGAAUACAAUUCAAGGCGAAAACCAACAUGUAUACUGCAUGAGAGGAAAGUGUUGAUUAAUUGGCAAGUGGACUUUAAUUGAUGCUUUCUCCAAGGCAAUUUUUAAAAAAUCAUUCACAGGAUAAGUGUAUUGUUCACUAGGCCAGCAUUUAUUGCCCCAUCCCUAAUUGACUAGAGGACAGUUGAGAGUCAACCACUUUGCUGUGGGUCUGGAGUCAUUUGUAGGCCAGACCAAAUAAGGAUGGCAGUUUCCUUCCCUAAAAGACAUUGAACCAGAUGAAAAAUUCAUCUUUUUCCAACAAUCAACAUGGUUUCAUGGUUACUUAAUUCCUUUUUUAUUCGAUUCAAAUUCCACUAUCUGCCAUGGUCACAUUCGAACCUGGGUCCCCAGAACAUUACCUGGGUUGUUGGAUUAACAGUCCGGUGAUAAUAUCACUCGGCCAUCAUCUCCCAUUGGCUGUCUCUGCCAAUUAGAGUCUGUUUUCCAACAAUCAGCACUCUCCUUUCAGGCAGUAUAAAUGUUUUUUCCCCUUCAGUUGGUUUUCUUGCAAAUUGUUCUGAUGAGUGCAAGAUGAAAGGCUUCAACAAUUUGUUUUUCAGCAAUACUCAGGUUUAUAUUUUUUCCCAACCACCUUCAAGAAGAGUUCCUUUUCUAUUCAUUUGUCGUUUUUAAGGACAUGAAUUUGGUUUUAAUGAUGUUCCUGCUGCGCUGUUACCUACAGCUCAUUCCAAAAUGAUCAGCCAAUCUCAGUCUUUAUCUGAUAAUUUCCUGAGUGGCCUCCAUUUAUCUUUGGACCAUCACAUUCAAAACUCCUACCUCAGUCACUGUGACAACAGAACACAAGGAUCUGUACAUGGUGCUAGUGAGUACAACUGGUGCCACUUUGGCAGCUUUCAGGCAUUUGGUCUGAGGUGGCUCAAUGUCUCAAAUAAUUGUUGAUUUAAGCAGGUUCAGACACCACAGUGUGAAGGGGCUAUAUACAAGCUAAAGACUCUGGAAAGGAUCUUACUGCAAGUGAAGUUGCUUUGCUUUGGAGAUAUGACUGAAAAAAAAAACAGGAAAUGGUGAUAAGCUAUUUCUUGAUUUAAUACAGCAUGGCAUUUUGCUAAUACAUACAGAAGAAUGUAACAGCCAUUUAGCAUUACACAUUUGUACACAGCUGUCACGGGUUGGGGGUGGGGGGGUGGUGUGGGAGAAGUAACAGUCUGAGUGGCAUGGCCUGUUGUGAGGAAAUGUAACUGAAACUAGAUUCCAGUGGACACUAUUGUUCUUCACCAAAUCAGAACUGUUUUAAGACUUCUGUAAAAAAAAAUAGUCCUGGCAACUAUAUAUCAAAAAUGCCACUUGUUUGGUGCUUAAGCAGGUUCCUUGGGAUUUGCAAGUGAACCUACUGUUGCUGUCUGUGUUCAAUGCAUUUUAUUUAAACAAUAAAAGCUUUUUAAUUCACUGGA